AAGUGAGCAUCGUGAAGUCGGGGGAAGUGUGGGUGCGUUUUGUGUGCGAGACAGCGAUGGAGAGAAAAACAAAAUGAGAUUGUUAAGAGAGGUGAAAAGGUUGGAUAGCUGAGCAACAAAAGAACGAAAGGAAAAAGAGACUCGGAGACAAAUAGAGCUGUAACCCAAGUGAGAAAGGAAGCAAGAGAGAAAUAAAGAAGUCUUUCUGAAUCUCCUCGCCCAUCUGGACUCCAUCUGUGUUUCUCUGGCUGCAAAAAGAGGUUGGACUGCAGUUCGCAUAUGCAGGGGGCUUAUGCACAUGCCCCACAUAUGAAGGAGUGAAAAGAGGUGCAAAAAGGAGCUGUAAACAAGCAAAACCAAGGGACUCACUUGUUUAUGGAAUAAGAGAGAAAGAAAAAAGGGCUGUCCAAAGAGAGACAUUGGAGAGAAGAAGGUUCCUGCCAUGCCCGGUUCUCCAGUGGAUGUAAAGACUCAUUCCAGACCGACAGUAUCCGCCAUGCCCCCUCUCCCCUCAGUCAACCCCAGUGGGCCUCGGCCUGCUGCCUUUUCUUCCACAGCAUUGACCAACGGGAUGAACCAUUCUCCACCAACCCUCAACGCAGUCCCCUCCCCACCUCAGCGAUAUAGUAACGGGCCAUCCUCAUCCUCAUCCUCUUCAUUGGCCAAUCAGCAGCUUCCAGCCACAUGCGGUGCUAGGCAGCUUAGUAAACUGAAGCGGUUCCUCACAACACUGCAGCAGUUUGGAAAUGACAUCUCGCCUGAAAUUGGAGAGAGUGUGCGAAGCUUGGUCCUUGCCUUGGUGAAUUCCACCGUCACUAUUGAGGAGUUUCAUUCCAGACUACAAGAGGCCACGAAUUUCCCCUUAAGACCAUUUGUUAUCCCUUUCUUAAAGGCAAACCUACCGUUGCUGCAAAGAGAGCUUCUGCAUUGUGCACGAGCAGCUAAGCAGACUCCGGCACAAUAUUUGUCCCAACACGAGCACUUGCUGCUCAGCACAGCUGCACCUUCUCCUGCAGACUCCACUGAGCUACUGUUGGAGCCAAGUGACAACAGCAAGAGACAUAGCCCUAGCAGAGCCAAGGAAAAUGGCUUCCACGAGCGACCCCCAGCACCAUUAGAGCCUCCAGCCAAACGAAUCUGUACCAUUAGUCCUGCGCCAAGACAUAGCCCUGCCCACCCUGUGCCACUCCAGAUUCAUCCAACCCCACCCCCUCUUCAGCACUAUGCCCUGGAUGACAUCAGCACCCCACACCUAUACAGAGAGCCCCAUCGCAUCCUGGAGCUCAGAGAACUGAAGGACAGGCCGCGACUACCAGGUACAAACGGGGGCUACCAUGAGGAGCCAGUUGACCAUAGACUGACUGAGAGAGAGUGGGCUGAUGAGUGGAGACAUCUAGACCAUGUGCUGAACUGUAUCGUGGACAUGGUGGAGAAGACGAGGCGCUCGGUGAGCGUCCUCAGGCGCUGUCAGGAAUCAGACCGUGAGGAGCUCAAUUACUGGCGACGACGGUCCAGUCAGCUCGAUGGUGCACGCAAGAGUACUGUAACUCCCAGCACUGUGUCCUUCUCCAAAUCACACAGUCCUCUCACUUCUGAGGCAGUCAGCUCUGAUCCUCAGCGGGAGCACUCUCUGCAUGCUGGCCCUGGCUAUGUGCCUGAUGAGAUCUGGAGGAAAGCUGAGGAGGCAGUCAACGAGGUGAAACGACAGGCAAUGGACGAGGUGCAAAAAGCGGUGGCCGAGGCCGAGCAGAAGGCCUUUGAUAUGAUCGCAGCUGAGAGAGCAAAGAUGGAAAAAACCGUGGCUGAGGCCAAAAGGAAGGCCACAGAAGAUGCAAUUCAGGUCAUCAAUGAACAAGAGGACUCCAGCGAGUGCUGCUGGAACUGUGGCCGGAAGGCGAGCGAGACAUGCAGUGGGUGUAAUGCAGCUCGAUACUGCGGCUCCUUCUGCCAGCACAAAGACUGGGAGCGCCACCACCUGAUCUGCAGCCCGGGCCUGCAGGCUCAACCCAAAGCAGUGGCCACCCUUAACUCACGCAUCCUGACCAAAGCCCCUGAGAGUGGCCCCACCCAGAGCCCCAACCUGGAAAAAAACUCCAACACCUCACGAGCAUCCACUCCCCCAAGCCCCUCCUCAGUCUCCACCCCUGACACUAACACACAUUAGAGGACACACAAGAGGAGAGAUAUGGACAUACAACAUCUCAGUGACAUGAAAAAGGCUAUAAACAUCAGAAAACAAUGCAAAUGGAGCCAAAUUAACACACAGUAAUUGGAUGUUUAACACAAAUAAUGGUAGUAAUGGUUUGUUUUUCAGUUUGAUGAAAAGACCAUUUGGAUGGAUAUAUAUAUAUAUAUAUAUUAUAUUCGUAUUUUUUUUUGUUUUGUUUUUCUUAUUUUUUUUUUUUCUUCAAGGAAAGUAGAAAUGUGAAUUACUUUUCUGCGAGGUAAAACAAUGCUCCGUGUUCUCCAUUUAAGGAAUAGAAAGAAAAAUCGAAAUAUCAGAUGAUGGCUGUAUCGCAUUACUGACCAUUGUGGUUUUUAAUGAUUCUUCUUGCACUAAACAGGUCUGUCUUUGUGAGUACAUGUGCAUGUUUGUGUAUGUACACGUGUAUGUUUCUACUGCAUGUGUUGGACAUUUGAUCACUUGUAGAGCAAUGCCACGACGCAGGAACACCAUUGCUGGUCUAUACCAAUACAGUUUUGACCCAGAGAGCGUAUAUUUGAAGGUCAGCAUAUUUGAAAUUAAUGGUAAUAUAUAUUAACAGCUCUACAAACAGCAAACAAACUGUACAAGGGUGCAACAACUAAAUUGCAUGAAUUCAUGUGUCUGUAUUGUGAGCAUGGCUACCAAACCCUGGGAAGUAUUCCACAAAGUGAGUUAAUAAAAUUUACUUUUAUUUGAAA